AUCUUGUGCGCAUUAAGAAACCACCAUUAGACUGUGGUGGGAGGCGCUUUACUUUCGGAGCGCCAGCCUGCCUCGUUCGCACGCACAGGCGAAGUGGAGCAGCCGGCCGGAUCGGUCUAGCCGGAGCGCUCGCGGGGGGUGUGCUCGCUGCAGGCUCUUCGCUGGCAUUGGAUCUGCCCGUAACGCCGAUUGCCCCAGCCUGGCCGGAGUGGGACUGCCGCUCGGACCUGGGCGCCGCGGAGCCGCGGCGUGGAGGAGAAGGAGCGAGGCCGCUGUGUCUCCUUCCCCUCCGCUCUGCCUUCGGAUUGGUCUCUCUCCUAAAGUGCUGUCCAAGGGUUGGCUGCAGGGCUGCUGAAUAACAGGUGCGUUUGGCUGCUCCGUCGCCUCGCCAAGCGGCAGCCGAGGAACGCGGGUGCCUCUGCGCCGGGGCUAAGGCGGAGCAGAGCGGGGGGGGGCCGGCUGGGAGCCCGACCCAGGCGGAGCCGAGCGGGGCCGCCCGUGCGCAGGAAUGUGGCUCAUCCCCGGGCGCUUGGCGUGACCCGCUCCGCGAGCGGAUCCCGGCGACUCCUGCGGAGCGGAGCGGGCGCCGGGCGAGAAGGAUGCUCAGAGCGCGGCGGCUCGGGGCUGGGGCCAGCCCGGGGAUGUAGCGGAUUCCGCAGCUGCUCGCGGAGAUUGCCUGAGGAGCCGGGGGGGUUCCUGGGGCUGGAGACAUGUCCCCUGACUGACUGGGGCUGGGAGAGCUUUGCCCCUCCCCUCCCCCUUCCCGGCUCUGCCUCUUCCCGGCCCGCCUGCCCGCAUGCUGCGCGCCCCGGCAGCAGCGUCUCCCUGAUGCCUGGUCUUCCCCCCCGAGGGGGGGAAAGGCGCCUAGGAUGAGCGAAGGGGCUGCCUGCGCCUCCCCACCUGGUGCUGCUGCGGCAGAGGAGUGGGCUGCGGCGGCGGGGGGCCCGGACGGGGAUGGGGCCCCCGGACCCCCGCGGGAGCUGCGCUGUAGCGACUGCAUCGUCUGGACCCGGCAGCAGACGUGGCUGUGCGUGGUGCCGCUCUUCAUCGGCUUCAUCGGCCUGGGGCUCAGCCUCAUGCUGCUCAAGUGGAUCGUGGUGGGCUCCGUCAAGGAGUACGUCCCCACCGAGGUGAUCGAUUCCAAGGGGAUGGGCCAGGGCCCCUUCUUCCUCUCCAAGCCCACCACCCCGCCCAAGAGCCUGGAGACCACCACCGCCACCACGUCCCGGACGCCCAACCGGAUAAGCACCCGCUUCACCACCAUGACGCGGGCCCCCACCCGCUUCCCGGGCACCCGGGUCCCCAUCCGGGCGAGCCCCCGAUCCACCACUGUGCGCCAUACAGCUGCCCCCGCGACCAGCCUCUCCACCACCGUCCCCUUCAGCACCACCAUCCUGACCUCCCGCCCGCUGCCCGGGACCCCCAGCACCCAGCCAAUGCCCAUCUGGCCCACUGCGGCAUACGCUACCUCCUCCUACAAGAUCUAUGUCCACGACUCUGCUCCAUCCUGGACCUUAUCUCCCUUCCAGGAGUCCACCACCACCACGCCAGAAACUAGCACAAGUCCCAAAUUCCAUACCACAACAUAUUCCACUGAGCGAUCUGAGCACUUUAAGCCAUGCAAAGACAAGGAUCUUGCAUACUGUCUCAAUGACGGGGAAUGCUUUGUGAUUGAAACGUUAACAGGAUCUCACAAACACUGUCGGUGCAAAGAGGGCUACCAAGGAGUCCGCUGUGAUCAAUUUUUGCCGAAAACCGACUCAAUCUUGUCAGAUCCAACAGACCACUUAGGAAUUGAAUUCAUGGAGAGUGAAGAGGUGUACCAACGCCAGGUGCUGUCUAUUUCCUGUAUCGUCUUUGGCAUAGUCAUAGUGGGCAUGCUGUGUGCUGCGUUCUACUUCAAAACAAAGAAACAAACUAAACAAAUUCAGGAACAGCUGAAAGAGACAGAGAAUGGGAAAACCUACAGCCUAAAUGCUUCCAGCAUGAUGGCAAAAUCAGAAACCGUGGCACAAAGCCGAGUCCAGCUGCAAAAUUAUUCAAAGACAGACAGGCAUCCUGGACCUGUGAUGGGAAAAGUUAUGGAGUCUAGUUUUUCAGGCACUCAAUCUUUCCCUGAAGCCUUGUCUCCUGACAGAGGAAGACAGCCUAUCAAGCAACAUAGAAGUCUCUCUUCAUGCUGCAGCCCAGGACAAAGAAGUGGAAUGCUACACAAGAAUGCCUUUCGGCGGACUCCACCCUUACCUCGGGGUAGGUUCAGUGGAAUUACAGGACCAGCAUAUCAACAGCUAGAAGAGUCAAGGAUCAUAGAUCAGGACACAAUACCUUGUCAAGGGUAUUCAUCCACUGGUUUAAAACCGCCUCAGAAUACUUCAAUAAAUAUGCAACUGCCUUCACAAGAGACAACUCCUUAUUUUAAUAAUGUGGAUCAGAAGGACUUGGUUGGAUAUUCUUCAUCAAGGGCCAGUUCAGUUCCCAUCAUCCCCUCAGUGGGCUUGGAUGAAGCCUGCAUGCAAAUGCAAAAUGUUUCUGAAGUAACAGGCGUCAAAUGGUGCAAAAACUCCUAUUCAGCUGAACUUGUCAAUGUCAGUGGCCCAGGCAACAAUCGUCUUAUAGCAGAGCAACAGGAAGUGAAAAUUUUGCUAGAAACUGUCCAGGAGCAGAUUCGAAUUCUGACUGAUGUAAGGAGGUCAGAGGACUAUGAACUGGCAAGCACAGAAUCAGAGAACAGUGCAAGUGAAAACACAGCUUUUCUGCCCAUGAAUCCCAUGGCGAAAUCAGAACGAGAGGCAAAGUUUGUCUUAAGAAGCGAAACACACAGAGACUCAGCAUUGACCAAGUGACUGAGGAGAGUGGGGGGGUGGGGAAAUAAAGGAUGGGUGCAUUCAAUGCUUUGCUAAACAUGAAGGAAGGAAAUUAAAUACAAAUUAUUUAUAUGCAUUAAUUUAAAAGCAUCUACUUAGAAGAAACCAAAUAGUCGAUCACCCUCAUAUCAUAGUGUUUUUUAAUAAAAUAUUUUUUUAAAAGAAAGAAAAGAUACAGGAGGGAUAAAGCAUACAUCUAAAGAUUUUUUGUUUUGAGGUUUUCUUUUUGGGAGGGAGGGGGAGUUGGGUGUUUUCCCCCUGAGUUACCCAUUCAGUUGCAGAAUACAGUAUGUUUUUAAAAUGUCCCAUUUGGCUGUUAGAAGGUUUGGGCUAUGCAUAUUUUUCAAAAAGGCCAAAUUCAUUCUUAGACUCUUUGGUUUCAAAGUAGAGCUGCAUUGAUCUGUCCACCAGCAAUUCAUUCGCUGGUGAGUAAGUUCUUCUUGAGUAGCCUCAAAUAAUACAGGCCCAUAAUUUCCCUCCUGAUUGCCUGUAGUUUAGUCCCUGAGUCAUAAUUUUAAAACUAAUCAACACACACACACACACACAAAGCCUCAUUCUUUCCAAGUCUAAAUGCUGAAGUAUGGUUCUAAGCCACCUAAAAUCUGAAGCAACAGUAAAUCCCUGAUUCAGCCCAAUGCUUAAGCAUGUGACUUCCUUUAAGUACAUGAGUAGUCUCAGAGAAGUAAAUGGGACAAUCCCUGACCAUUGAGUUAUCACGCACAUCCUUGGCUUGUUAGAUCAGGGCUUAAGAGCAAGAGUUGCAAUGUUCAAAUAUUGCACUGUGCAGCUGCAUCUCAUUAUGAACUAUGCUCAUGAAAUUUGGAUUUUCAAUGGCUACGUCUAGACUGGCAUGAUUUUCCG